CGUAAUUUAUCAGCCGGUCGGGGAAACUAUCUUAUGGCAAAACCAAAAAGCCCUGGCGUCUCAUCAUUAAACCCAUCGGACUCUGAUCAGAAAAUCCUUCACAAAAUUUCUGCUACUAUUUUUGUUUCUCCUGCGACCACUUCAAAGGGGAACGAAUUUUAGCAUAGAGGAGAAGACGAGUCGGAGAUCUGUACAAUUUUUCUCUAAAUAGCUAUCUGCCACUAGGUUCUUAUUAGUCGCAGGGUUAUUUUUGUAUCGGAUAUCUUUAUAAGUUUUCUUAUUUUCGAGGGCUCAUGGAAAAGUUUCGACAACAUCCAUUACCUCCUGGUGUUAAUCCGGUACCGAAUACAUCUUCGGGUUCUACUCAUCUGUAUCCACCACCUAUGUCAUAUAUCCCUUAUCCUAUGAACACUCAACAUGCUGGUCAACCUCAUUAUUCUGGAAAUGUUUUCCCUGUCAAUCAGCCUAAUGCGUCUUUACCUCCUGCGCACGGCUUCAAUCCUCAUUUCCAACAAUCUAGUCACUUUGUUCCUCCUCCUGGAAACUUUGCUCUGCAAUUUCAGCCUGCCAAUCCAUGCCAACCAGUCGUACCUCAUUCAUCGUGUUCUUUUAGUUCUCCAAAUGGUAGUGGUCAGUCUCCUUUUGAAUCCAACAGUCACAUACUGUCACAGACGACACCUCAGAGCCACACAACCCCUAGUGUCUCUAUUACAGAUCAGUGUCACCCACAAUUGACCGAGUCAAGUAAACAAACCCCUGAUGCAGAUAUUGUUAAUCAACCAGAAAACCAAAGUCCUACCGAGAUGUCGAAAACAUCUAACUAUGAGAAGGUGGGUUCAAUCCAGUCAAGUGGAGAAUCCAUGGAUCAGCAUUCUGGGGAGCGUGUGAAGCAAGAAGGGAAUUUAACUGAUGCUUGCCGCUCGGGGCUGACUUGCAAAGAAGCUGUUGCAAUUGACUCUGCUGCCCAAGAGGCUGUGCUACGCGAGCAAGAAAUUGCUACACAGCAAAUCAUACAAAACCAAAGACAAGCAAAAGACCUCACUGGACAUAUAGAGGAUGGUAAAGACAUUCUUGCUGGGCGUUAUGAUCCCAAUGCCUUGAAGGAGCAUCUCCUAAAAAUGACCACUGACCAUCGUGCUGAGAUGGCGAGCAGGCGUGGGAAGUUGAUCGACCGAGAUAAUGGUAAUGUGGAAAUUGGUAAUGGCUAUGGUGUGCCAGGUGGCGGUGCUUAUCAGUCUGCAAGGCCCACAAAAAAAUCUAAAGAUGAAUCUUUUGAAGCGAGCCCCUUACUUGAGAAGGAGUCAGAACAAAAGUGUUCUCGCAAGGAGUUGCCUGAAUAUCUGAAAAAAAGACUAAAAGCAAGAGGUAUUCUUAAAGAAAACGAGAUAGAAAAUGGAUCUACAGCAGCAGAGUAUAAAUCUGAAGAUCCACCUGGCCAAACUGCUACUGCCAUUCAGUUGCCUCCUGAUUGGGUUGAGGCAAAGGACCCAGCUAGUGGCUCUUCAUAUUUUUAUAAUGAGAAAACUGGUCAAACUCAAUGGGAGUAUCCUGGUGAGACUGCUUGUUCACAACAGAAUACACCUUCAUCUAGUUUGCCAGAAGAUUGGGAAGAGGCGGUGGAUGAUUCUACAGGCCAGAAGUACUAUUACAACACAAAGACAAAUGUAUCACAAUGGGAGCUGCCAAGUACAACAAACCAGGUUAUUUCGCAACAUGCUGAUUGCGUGCCUACUGGAUAUGAGUUUAAUAUAACUGGUAAUCAUGAACCAAGCUAUAAGAAGAAGUGCAUGGGGUGUGGUGGAUGGGGAGUUGGCCUUGUUCAGGCAUGGGGCUAUUGCAAUCACUGCACACGGAUGCUGAAUCUUCCUUAUCAGCAAUAUUCGGUUCCCAAUUUCAAUGGCCAGGAGCCAAAGAGUUUCCUAACUCACAAAGAUCAUCCAGGAAAAAUGACUUCCAAGCAAAGUUCAAGUUCGAAACCACCAUUAAAUAAAGGAAAUAAAAGAGACAGCAGAAAACGUCAUAAGGAUGAUGAUGAGUUGGACCCGAUGGAUCCAAGCUCAUAUUCAGAUGCUCCACGCGGUGGCUGGGUUGUGGGAUUAAAAGGAGUACAACCACGAGCAGCAGACACCACCGCUACUGGUCCUCUCUUUCAGCAGCGUCCGUACCCAUCUCCUGGUGCCGUUCUGAGGAAGAAUGCUGAGGUUGCUACCCAAACCAAGAAACGCGGUUCUCAUAAUCAUAUGGCACCCAUUACAAAGAGAGGAGACGGCAGUGAUGGACUUGGAGACGCCGACUGAGGUUAUGUUUUGUUCAUUUUGUUUAAAGCUACCUGAUGAACUUCAGCAGCACAAAAAGUUGAUCUCUGAAGAACAUUAACAAACAUGAAAACACCAAAGUUUGAUCUUUGGG